GCAUUACAAAUGUUGCGCAAAAGCCAAUAUGGACGGUUUUGUCUGAAAAUUUUUGCAAUUAAAGUAACAGAAAAUGACUUCUGUCCAGGCUGGUGGCGAAGCGUCCAAAUCAGCUGCCAUUUUAACUGACUCUGGAGACGAAAGUGACGACGCUUAUGAUGAUGUUAUUGAAGUCAGUCCAUGUGGAAGAUGGGAAAAAAGACGAAUGGAGGUCACCCAACGCGAUGUCCCUGGCAUUGAUAAAGCGUUUCUUGCCAUGGACACCGAAGAAGGUGUUGAAGUUGUUUGGAAUGAAGUUCAAUUCUCUCAAAGGAAAAGCUACAAAGCACAGGAGGCUACUAUCAAGACAAUUUUCCAGAAUUUGACAAAACUUAAGCAUCCAAACAUAGUGAAGUUUCACAGGUUUUGGAAUGACAUGCAAGGCGAUAAAGCUCGUUUGGUCUUCAUUUCGGAGUAUAUGACAUCGGGAUCAUUGAAAAAGUUCCUGAAAAAGACCAGAACAAAUAACAAAACAAUUAGUGCUAAGGUUGUAAAAAAAUGGUGUAGGCAAAUCCUGUCAGCUCUGAGCUAUCUACAUGCAUGUAAUCCCCCGAUUGUCCAUGGUAACCUGUCUUGUGACACAAUUUUCAUACAACACAAUGGACUAAUUAAAAUUGGCUCAGUGGCUCCUGAUACCAUAAGAGAUCAUGUCAAAACCUAUCAAGAAGAAAGACGAAACAUGCACUAUCUUGCACCAGAAUAUGGACUUCCAAACACAAGCAGACAAUUUCACACAGCUGUUGAUGUUUAUGCCUUUGGUAUUUGUACAUUGGAGAUGACAGCUUUAGAUUUACAUGAUAAAGAAAGUCAAAUUAGUUCUGAAUUGGUGAGCAAGGCUAUGGAAAAUCUAAAUGAUGACGUCUUCAAGGACUUUAUUGGGACUUGUCUUAUCAAAGACCCUGUUCAAAGAUUCACUGUGGUCAAAUUGAUGUUUCACAAAUGGCUUUUCGAAGUUCCUUCACUAAAGCUGUUGUCCGCAAACACCACCAUAGACAGUGGAGUCACAUUACCGGAAUCCAAAGAGGUGAAGGAUCCUGAAAGAGUUUUGGUAGAAAUACCAUCGUUUAAUGGCAAUGUCAUUGUACGAAAAGAGUCAGAUUUGCCAUCGUUAGAAAGGGAAAAAUUUCUGGAAGAAGUUCAAGAUGGUUUGUAUCCGCUGACCAUCAUGGAACGUAGACAAAGUCACGUCAAUAUUGAAAGACCGCUGACACCAGAAGAAGGAGAGGCGGAAGAAAGUUUCAAUCCUCCCCCUGAUGACGUCGAGACCAGAUUGGUGCUCAAUAUGAAUUGCAAAACAAGAAUUUCCGAACAACCAGGUGAACGUAUGUUAAUACUUCAUCUUCAAAUGGACGAUCAGAUGAACAGAUUGCUUACGUGUAAUCUUAAUGCAGCGGAUACGGCGGGCGACCUGGCAGAAGAUUUAGUGAAACAUGGAUUUAUUAAUCCAGCUGACAAAGAACGCAUUUCGACUCUAAUGCAGACACAUUUGCAACGAGAGAUUGCAGUGGCGUAGAUGUCAUUUUUGUACGUUUAUGUUGUGUAUGUAUUUUGACAUUGGUGUCUGGAUAACUUGAAGGUAAAAUCAUCACGAUAACAGAACAGUGAAAUGUUACUGAAAUCAUUAUGUUAAAUUAGAAAUUCUAUGGUUUAUGGAAGGCAUGAACAAAAACUGCGUGUAAACGAUGUUGAAAUUUUGAAAGAUAUUUAAUGACGUGCCAUUAUUAGCUACUAGUGUACAUAUUUAUGAUUAAAUGUUAGCUUCAUCUA